AUGGGUAUCUCCACUGAAGUCCCGCAGACCGUCGAGUGGUCCGGGAAGAGGGUCCCCGUCUACCCCAUGGAGACUGUGGACUUUGGACGCGUCCUCUCCCAAGAGCCAGCCGAGCUUGAGAAUAUGCUCCGCAUUUGCCAGCAACAGGGUUUCUUCUACCUGGACUUGAAUGGCCUCGAUGGCAGCAGAUUCCUCGACGACCAGCAAAGGACUCUGGAGCUCAUGCACCGCUACUUUGAGGCCCCUAUCGAGGAUAAGAACGAGCUCGGUCUCAUCACCGCACAUCUCGGAUAUGAGCCCGUCGGCUCACGAACGGGUGGUCUUCCCAAUACCAGAGACGGAUAUGAGAUGUUCAAGGUCUCCCGUGAUGAGAUCCAAAGAUCCGACCCCAAGUUCCCCAAGAUCCUCCAGAACGAUAAGGAGAAGGCAAUUCUGAAGAACGCCAUCUCCGGAUCCAACCUGGUUACCAAGACCGUCCUCUCCGGUCUCUCCACCGCCAUGGGCCUCGUCGGUGCCGCCCGUUACGAGAACGCCCACCGCAACGACCGCCCUUCUACCUCCACACUGGCAAUGAUGCACUACGUCCCCGCCGACCCCAUCAAGGACACCCAAAUCGGCCACCAGAAGCACACCGACAUCAGCUCCCUCACCCUCCUCUUCGCCGAGGAGUGGGGACUUCAGAUCCGCCCCCCCGGCACCAAGGAGUUCGGCUUCGUCGCUCCCAAGAAGGGGUGCGCCAUCAUCAACGUUGGCGACUCCCUCCGCUUUGCCAGUGGCCACACCAUGAUGUCGUGCAUCCACCGUGUCGUCCCGUACAACUCUGAGAAGCACCGCUACUCCAUCGCUUACUUCCUCCGCGCCGAGAACGACACCAUGUUCAAGGACAGCGAGGGCAGAUACGUCACUGCUGGCCAGUGGCAUGAUGAGAAGUUCUACCUCUUCAAGGCCACCCCCGAUAUCCAGGCUCUUGCCCCCCCAUCCAUGUUGUACGGCGGCAUGACUGCCGAUGAGGAGUGGACUCCGUACGCGCAGCCGACCGCUAAGGCGCACGCGCCUGAAGUGUCUGAGGAGCUUAAGCAAGCUCCGGCUGUGAAGGAGACUUUGGUUGAGGCCCAUUAA